AUGACCCACAGAAACCGGCUGCCCGAAAUCGCGGCAGGCCAAAAGUUCGACAACGACCGUCCAGCCCAACCCGCAGCGCACCCUCGUCUAUCACCGUUCGUCGUCGACCUCAGACAACAGACUACCGCCAAAAUGGAGAACGAGAAGGGAGAUAUCGUCGACCUCUACGUCCCCCGCAAGUGCAGCGCCACCAACCGCAUCAUCAAGGCCAACGACCACGCCUCCGUCCAGAUCUCCAUCGGCAAGGUCGACGAGAACGGCCGCUACACCGGCGAGAACCAGUCCUACGCCCUGUGCGGCUUCAUCCGUGCCCGCGGCGAGAGCGACGACUCGCUUAACCGCCUCACCCAGCGCGAUGGCUACAUCCGCAACGUCUGGACUGCCUCCCGCCAGCGGUAA